AUGGUGAAUUUCGCCCAAGCUCUGCGUGAUCACUGGGUUCACAUCCUUGUUCCCUUAGGAUUUGUGGUUGGAUGCUAUUUGGACAGAAUGAAUGAUGAAAAACUAAGUGCCUUCAGAAACAAGAGCUUAUUAUAUAGAAGAGAGUUGAAGCCUGGUGAAGAAACUACAUGGAAAUAA